AUGGAGCAGGCUUUGGAGGGGCUCAUAACGGAAAGAAAAAAGACAUUUAAUGGAGAGACAGCUGUAGAUGCAAUAAGAAGGAGUGGCGGAAAUGUGUUACUAUGGAAGAAUUCUGUUGAUUUGGAUGUGUUGAGAGCAGAUAAGAAUGUUAUACAUUAUCGUAUUCACAACAUCACUGAAAGAGACUGGGAGUUGUUAUGUGUGUAUGGUCCUCCACAGCACCAAUUAAGAAAUAAGUUCUGUGAGAAAAAGGGUGGUAAUCAAACAAUGACCUAUGCAAACAAUGAAUUCAGGAACUUCAUCAAAUACAAAGGUCUUAUAGAUAUGGGAUUUGUUGGUCCUGCAUUUACUUGGUCAAAUGGAGCUGUAGCUAAUGAGCCUAUAUUUGAAAGACUGGACAGGACUGUGUGUACUUCAGAUUGCUCUAAUGAGACAACAAGGAAGAUCGUGGAAGUGGGAGAAGAGUUAAAUAAAUGGAGCAGAAAGACCUUUGGGAAUAUAUUUAGAGCUGGAGAAGAACUGAAAGAAAAGCUCUUGAAGACUCAAAUGGAGGCACAUAUUAGAGAUACAAGACAAGAAGAAAAAGAGCUGUGUAUGGAGAUUGAAAAGCUGAAUAUCAUGCAGAGAAAAUAUUAUGAGCAGAGAAGUAAGGCUAAAUGGAUUCCCAAAAUAGACAAGAACACAAAAGCUUUCCACAUGUCAGUCUUACAGAGGAAGAAGAAAAACCAGAUUGCAGCUCUUAAGUUACCAAAUGCCUCAUGGGUAACUGAUGCAAAUGAUAUUGUCCAGUAUCUUGUGAAGUAUUUCACAGAUCUUUUCAAGAGAGACGCAUAA